AUGCUGAGGCAACUGCGCGGCAGUAGCCUACUCGACUGGAUAGAUGAAGAUCGCCUACAAAAAAACGACUCUUCCAUGGCGACAUCAGUACGGGUACUUUCCGACAAGAAGGGCUACAGCAGCGCCACAGGUACACCCCACAAACUUUACUCAGGGGUUUGAAAGUCAUUGAGACGACCAAGAGAAUCUCGUUCACGACCAACCGGUCUGGAAAGGAGGAGUGAGUAGUGAGGCGAGAAUUUGUGAAAUUAAACGCACAGCCGCUGUCAAAGUUCAGUGAUCGGCUCGCAUGUCGGAAACGCCGUGAAGCCACAACCUCAGCAUUCGAUCACUUCCAACGUUGACAAGGGACAUUGCGCGCGCGGAUCAUCGUGGUCGGACAUCUUCGAACCCAAUGCAAAAACACGACAGCUCAAUCUACUGUCUCUAAAAACGUCAUCAGCGUCAAUUAUGUCACAACACCACGACGCCACCAUGGCGAUCACCACCACUGGUGAACAAAAACUCAGCGUCCCGCAGCCGCCUACCAAUACUCCCAUGAUAACUGCCAAGCACACCGCGAUGAUGCCUACCAACUCCCCACUUCCGUUCACUAUCAACCACCGCAGUCAACUUCACUAUCAUCGCCCUCACCACCAGUAGUGCGAGCUCGUUCCGAACCUCUCCUCAUUGAGAUCACAUCUUCACAUAAAGCACAGAUUCUGUUGGUCACUGGCGAAUCCAUCACAAAUAAGCUGACGAAGCGACGCCUGAAGUGUCAGUAUGCACCCAAAACAGUCGCCUCAACAGACAAUACUGUCACGCACAUCCUGUAAUCGCACGGGCCUAAUCGAUCAUAUGCGUCUCUCUGUGAAUCUGCGAAGGACACCACAGACCAAACUCUAUCAUCACACAUUUCCUGCAACUACAUACACCGGACACAAACUCGUCCUAAGUCAUGCAUCACAAGCACGGAAUACGCACACUCCGCGCGAGUGGGAAGCGUGUCCUUGACUCCCUCUCCAUGUGGGCCCUAUUAAACAAUAAAGCAUGUGGGUUCCGAACUGAAUAUUUAUUUAUUUGAAAACAUUGCGUGUUGCGCAGGAGGCCAGGCCACUUGUGCCACACGAGAUCUUUUCCUUUUGCUUAAGAUUUUGGUAUUUUUACACCGGUCCUUCCAUUUGAUUUUUGUCGACUUUUUAAUGAGCCCUGACCUUAUGUAUUUGCUACACAACUUUCUGUGUACUCUGUAGUACUGUACGCUGGUUGAAUUAAUCAUGCAAUACAUCUCACCCUACUUUUGCCGGCACAAACAAUUAUGCUUGCUCGGCCUUCCGCCUUAUCCGACUCGAUUUUUUAAGGUUCUGCUCUGUGCUACAUUUUCGAUUUUCGUCUACGCAAUUAUGCAGAUUUUUUUACAGAAAUCACGCUUAAUUCAAGCGCCGACGGCUUUGUUUUCGAAAACGACAAUCUAUGACAAAAUCUGACGUUUUAACUCAUAGUCCAAGGAGCGCGUGGUUCAAAGGUCGAACGAUUCUCCUUGCCGCUGGCAGUGGUAGUCGCCGAGCUCUGUUCCAUUUUUUCCCUAUUGGCAUUGAUCGCCGUGGACCUUUCCUACCCCUUUAAGUAUGAACUUCCUGUAGUAAGAGUACAGGCUACUUUGACAGUGUCUCAGUGGCAACUAGUAGCAAUUAUACGCAAUUAUAGCUGCGUGUGUCGGACAUUUCGUAUGCGAUAUCGAAAAUGGUUCAUUCACAGCUGGCUAUGAGCCAUUAAUCUGCUCAGACUUCAGUGCCCACUCCUGUUUAUUCUGAAUUUUGCCCGCCUGCCAUUUCUUUCAGCCAGUCUGUGCAUGUUCAUCACCUAUUGCGGUCGAUGUGGUGGCUUGUUCAGAAGCAACUCUACUCUACUGAGGCAAAUUCUGAAAGAGAACGAGGGAAAACUGUCAAAAAGUUCACACGGAAAUACGUCGUCCGGCAGGUGAACAAUGUCAUGAGCACAGUACACUAUUUUACCGUACAAAGCCACAUGUCUUCACAAAGUUUCUUGGAAAAGUUUUACUGCACAGCACCAACUACACAACUUCGGACGGAUUAAACAACGAAUAACUGGAAACAAUAAGUAGAGGUGCUUCCAGUAUUUUCUGGAUAAUGCCCGUCCAAGAUAAUAGUGCCAGUGUGCAGAAAGAACCGAUGUAAUUCAGUCCCUUUCACGCCUUGGAGUCAUUAUUAAGCCCAGGGUGCUGCGAAAACCCUCCGGGCAAAUAGAUGUUCACGGACUUCAAUCCAUCAUUCAAAUUACUAAUGACGGAUUAGGGCAUUUUGAAGGAACGCUCUGUUGGGCCUCGCGGCCACGAGCCCUACAACUGUCUUGUAAUCCCUAUGUGUACCGGGUGUAGGGGACCCAGGUGAAAAAAAACUUAGUAUCCCAACAUUUUGGACCAUUAGUAAGGAAGUUCUUGUCUGUUGACGGUCGUCCGGCGGCGGGUAAGAAAUCGUCAUUGAACAGUUCCCGCCCUACCACACUAUUAUCAACCACAUUCGCAGUGUAUUCCACGAAAAUGGCGUUGUUCGCAGUGUUCUGAGCUGCAUCUCUGACAAAGUUAAUGUAUCUCCUGGACUUAGUAGUUAUCGGGAUAAAACGUAGACAGUUAAGACUAUCUCAGGACGAAGAUACCUCUGAGUGAACAAAGCAAGAAUGACACUGUUCCGAAUCGAUGCUGUCCGCAGACUUUUUGAAGUCCUCAUGAGUCAAUUGAUCCGUCACGAUAUCUCCAUCGCAAAAGAGAUCGGAGAUAGCGUUUACUAGUCCAGUCAGUCCCAUACGGUUAUGCAUAGUGGAUUGUGUGCCUGGAAGGCGAGCAAAACUGGGAGUACUCGAUCAACAUUGUCUGGGAACCUUCUCUAAAGUGAGGCAUGUCGACUUUGUCUGGAAUGAGACGGCUCGGGCUGAAUGCAACAAUACGAGGGUAGCAUGGGUCACCAAAGAAAGACGUCUGAAGCAGUUUGGGCACACCCUUCACCGUCCACUGCAUGAGCCUUGUGCUGUUACCCUUCCCCCCGCCGCAUCUGUUUAACUGGAAGCUACGAAGAGCUCGGCCCAAAACCUGAUUGGCGUAUUUUAUCUUGCCAUGGAGGUGGUUCUUGGACCUUCGGUAUUUGCUCUUCUCCAUCUGAGAAGAGGGUAAGUCGAACUCUCCGGAUCCGCUACCGCAGAUCCUUGCGCGUGGAGAGAUGCUUUCCGCGACAUCAUCGAGGUAGACCAUGCCGGACAUAAUCGUAACCAUAACAAGUACAGGUAGUCUUCUAACGUGCGCAGGUGCGCCUUUGAGUCCGCUCAUGGAUUAUUAGCGCAAAGUUGGGAGUCGCAUGAUUCCUGUACAAGAUGUAAGUGGUCGAUCCAGGUAUUAUCGACAAGGCUCGCUAUCCGGACUGUAGCAGUUUGUAACCUCUGUGGUGUUCCCCAUGUUUCCUUUGGGUUUUAGAAGAAAUUCAUUGCUGAACAGCCGCACUUCUGCGUUCGGUUCUCAGACUGCUAUAAGUAGGUUCGUUGCCUCAUGUGCGAUCUGCACUUAUCGCAAGUGAUUAGGUUGCUGGGUUACAGUUUUACAGUACACUAGUGAAUUUAUAUCUUUAAACAACUUUGGCAUGGAUGAAAACUGAGCUCAUGCAUCUCAUGGUCCCAUUUUCCUGCCUGUUGCAAUACGACUGAUGACCCUACUCACGUUGCCCACAUCUGAAGUGGGACAUCGCUCCACUAAGGUCAGUGGGCUUUUUCAAACGAAGGGAUUCCCUCACUCCGACAAACCGUGUCUCGGUCCACCGUUAGAUUCACAUUGUUUGGGCUGUUUCUGAAGCUCGAUUUUUUAAACCUUAUAACAGUGCUCCCAUGUAAACUAAAUCCCCUUAAGGGAGAUCUACUUUGUUUGCCCAUUGUGAUAUUAAAGGCAUUUUACGGUAGCAGUUGUCUUCAAGCAUAUUUAGCGUGCUCACUGGCCGGAACCCCAUAAGUGUGAAGGAUUUCUCUGUCGUUACCGACAUGCAGGAUGCUGGCAACUGGCGCAGUCGUAAAUGGCGCUGGCCAAAUCUAACAAGGUCUCGGCGUUGAUCCGAGUUACAUACACUUUUUUCAACGCACUUUCUUUGCCACGUAACCUUUUUCUGCUAUUAUUAACUAAACAGCGAUCUUAAAACCCUUUCUUUUUUGGUACUUAUUUAAUCUUAAUGUAAGUCUUUAACUUUUUAGGUCCCUGUAGUACGCCAUGGAGUCGAUGGGCUCCACACAUCUGCUGCCUCUGGAACUAAUUGA